CGACAAAUCGAACAAGGAAACGGAAGCGCAGCGUGAGAGAUGUUUUGCGUUAGAAGUUAGUUAGCAAGCGGUGACUGAAUACAUCUCUAGAUAAAGCAGUGGUUUUCAGAAGGAAUACGUUUUCCUUCUGGCCUAUGUCCUCCAAGAUUAGAUAGUCCUGCUGCUGGACGAACCUGUCACUUUCUCUUGGAACAGGAACAAAGUGAAAGCCGGGAUGGAUCCAGCCUUACUGAGGGAGAGUGAGCUGUUCAAGAAAAAACUGUCCAGUUCUUUGGAGAAGAGACAUGCACCAAUAGAUUCACACAAGAAGAAGAAGCCCAGAACUGAGAAGGAGGGCUCCUCAGCAUCCAAACACAAUGCUGAGUCUAGUAAUGGCAGCAUAAACAUCAAGUCAAGUUCUGGGUACAAAUUUGGGUGCUUGGCCAAGAUUGUCAAUUAUAUGAAGACAAGGCACCAGAAUGGUGAUACACACUUCUUGACCAUAGAUGAGAUUCUGGAUGAGACCAAGCUUCUUGACAUCAGUUUGAAACAGAAGCAGUGGCUCAUAAAUGAGGCCUUGGUCAGCAAUCCGAAAAUUGAUGUACGGGAUGCAACAUAUGGCUUCAAGCCCAAGUACAACCUGAAAGACAAGAAAGCUUUACUGAGGCUGCUGGACAAACAUGACCAGCUGGGCCUGGGAGGAGUGCUGCUAGAUGAUGUAGAGGAGGGGCUACCCAACUCAGCCAAGGCUAUUAAGGCUUUGGGGGAUCAGAUCAUCUUUGUGACGAGACCAGACAAGAAAAAGAUCCUUUUCUACAAUGACAAACACUGCCAGUUUGUAGUAGAUGAAGAAUUCCAGAAACUGUGGAGGAGUGUUCCAGUUGAUUCCAUGGAUGAAGAGAAAAUCGAGGAGUACUUGAAGAAGCAAGGAAUCACCUCCAUGCAAGAAAUGGGACCAAAGAAAGUGUUACCAGUUCAAAAGAGGAAGAAGAAGAGUGGGCAGAGGAAGAAUCACUUCAAGACCCACAACAGUCAUUUGGCAGGAGUCCUGGAGGAUUAUUCAGAUGGUGUUCCUGUAAAGAAUUGAAGUCCCAAUUUCAUUGGUGUCGGUUUUGUCAAAAUAAGCCUUUCUUUUCUAGGCGCUCCUCUCAGUGGUCACUGACCUUGUAUUACAUUGAGCGUCAACCACCUGUGUUGUGGAAUCUUUUUCAGUUUGUUUAUUGGUUAGUGAUGACUAAAGGACAUGGGAAGAAAAGAGUAUUGAGGAUAGUGAGGGCUCUUGCCAUCCUGGAGGAGGCACUGUAACCUUACUAUUAAAAUGUUAGUUAUAGUGUGUAAAUACUUUUUUCUUUCAUUUCACAUAAUAUAUCAACAAGAGGUGUGUGAAUGUGUAGAAGGUUGUACUUUAAAGUGCACCAGGUCUUGGCUGAUGUCAACCGCCCAUCCUUUUGUUAGGACCUACACAAGUUGUGUAUCACACUCAUCUCUUAACAAGCCUGAAACAUCUUGGACAUUUCAAAUGUAUUUAAAGAAUUCUUUUAAUUUACUGCAACCCUGGGAUAUUGGUUUAAAAUACUACAGUUUUAUUAUUUUGUUUUAAUAAAUAACUGUUACAGGAUACUGCCUGAGUGCUUGUUGUACAUACAGUGUACCAGCAACAGUUCUGAUAGCAGUUCAUUUCUCAAACUGAAAAAUCAGUGAAGAUAAAAUAAAGUGUAUUCUUAAACAUGAA